AUGUCGCUUCCUCCGAAGGCGCUGACGAUUCAGCUCCCACCGAACCAAUUUGAGGACGAUGCGGGAGGCGGCAGUUCGUCUGAUGGCAGCGGCGCAGACGGCGUUGCGAAGAAGGAAGAGGAGACCCAGAACACGGGCACGCCCAGUGGUUCAUUGAAGCGGAAGCGUAACCUUCCUGGAAACCCAGAUCCGGACGCGGAAGUUGUGGCUCUGUCCCCGCGCACCCUCCUCGCGACCAACCGGUUCGUGUGCGAGAUCUGCAACAAGGGCUUUCAGCGCGACCAGAACCUGCAGCUGCACCGCCGCGGCCACAACCUCCCUUGGAAGCUCCGCCAGCGCACGACGCAGGAAGUGCGGAAGAAGGUCUACGUCUGUCCGGAGCCCACCUGCAUCCACCAUGACCCGUCCCGAGCGCUCGGAGAUCUGACCGGGAUCAAGAAACAUUUUUGCCGCAAGCACGGCGAGAAAAAGUACAAGUGCGAAAAGUGUUCGAAGAAAUACGCCGUGCAGUCGGAUUGGAAGGCCCACAUGAAGACGUGCGGUACUCGCGAGUACCGAUGCGAUUGCGGAACCCUCUUCUCAAGGCGCGACAGCUUCAUCACACACAGAGCUUUCUGCGACGCGCUCGCCGACACAGGCCCCACCAGCGUCAAACCCGAGCCCGGCGAUUCCGCCGCUACAGGCGCCGGCCCGGGGAGCGUCGGCGGUCUCAGCCACAAAGGCGCGGGGUACGAGGGGGACACGAUGCGAGGCGCGGCCGUCAUGUUCGGUGAUGACGUCACGAAAGCCGCUGCUGCUGGCGCGGCUCAUUUGCCAGGUCAGCAGCAGAAUUUCCAGUCGCAGGGGCUUCAAUCGUCGCAGCAGCAGGGCGGCCAGCAGCAGUUUUCGUCGCAGGAGUUCGCAGAUCUGGUUAGCCGAGCCAUGAACAAGCAAGGCGGGGGCGGUAUGGGGCUGUGGCUCGGCCAGGGAUCCAACAACGGAGGGCAGAAUCAGGGUAUGACGCUGCAGCAGCAGAUGCUGCAGGCCGUGAGUCAGGGAGGUUUGAACCCGAGCGCUCUUCUUGCGGCGAUCAACAAUAGUGGCGGUAGCAUGGCGAGCCUGCUGGCUGGUGCCGGAGGUGGCUCCCUGGGGGAAGCGGCGGCGCUGCUGCUGCAGCAGAAUCAGCAGAAUCAGCAGAAUCAGCAGCAGCAGCAGCAGCAACAGCAGUCAGACCAACAGCAGCAGUUAUUGAUGCAGCAGCAGCAGCAACAACAGCGACAGCAACAGCAGCAACAGCAGCAGCAGCAGCAGCAGCAGCAGCAGCAGCAGCAGCAGCAGCAGCAGCAGCAGCAGCAGCAGCAGCAGCAGCAGCAGCAGCAGCAGCAGCAGCAGCAGCAGCAGCAGCAGCAACAGCAACAGCAACAGCAACAGCAGCAGCAACAGGAGUCCCAGGAUCAGCAGCAAGUGCUACUGCAGGCGCUUCGCAACAUGGGAGGAUCCAACCAGCUUCUGGCGAACCUCGACCUCUCUAAAGUCUCCAGUCUCCUUUCUUCCCUGGGAGGCGGAGCUGGCGGUAUAGACAUCGGCUCCUUAAUUUCCUCGCUUCUCGGCUCCAACGGCAGCAUGGCUCCUGGGGUUAACCUGGACUCAGGUUACGCUUCUAACGCUGGUGGUGGCGGCGACAUGAACAGUAACGUUUAUGGUGGUGGUGGUGGUAACCAGGGUAACCUCUCAGGGUCUGCAGAGGGGCUCUCAGGAGUGGGCAUGGGGGGAGAUCCCUACAAUUCCAGUGGCAGUGGUCUGCACGGGUCUGCCCCGGGCGAUGGUGAUGGCCUAGGGCAUGGCGCACAGCAGGACGGGCUGCAAGGCCUCUCGGGUGUGAACCUCCCGGAUUUGCUGCAGCAAGCAGGCGCGGUGCUCGCCCGGUCUGGAGGUCUGGGUAACUUGGGAGGUGCUGGUGGUCAGGGGUCGUCGCUUCUCACGAGGGCGAUUGAAACUUUGGCGAGUCAGGGAUUGCCGCUUGGCGGAGGGCAGAACUCGGGGCUUCUGGAUGCCGUUGCCGGCCUGGGUGGAGGGCAGGGCAACUUUGGUGCACUGGCAGGGUCGCUGCAGCAGCAUGACCAGGGGAAUAAUGGCGGGGGUGGGGGGAUGAUGGGAGGGCAGCAGCAGCAACAGCAGCAGCAGCAACAGCAGCAACAGCAGCAGCAGCAACAACAACAACAACAACAACAACAGCAGCAGCAGCAGCAGCAGCAACCGCAACAGCUGCAGAUUCCAAAUGAUUUGAUUCAAAGAUUGGCAGAUAAGUUACCGCCCGGUCUGAACGUGGACACACUGCAGUCUGCUCUCAGCAUGUACCCCGAGCUUGGAGCAAACGGGGCUCUGUCUUCCGCGCUCAACACCCUGCUCUCAGGAGGAGGCGGUUUUAACACAGCGCCACAACAGCAACAGCAAGUGGGUAUGGUUGGAGGGGAAAAUGCAGAUGGUUGGGGUGGGGGUGGCAUGGGUGGGGGCAAUGGUGGUGGGCUGGAGCAGGGAAUUCAAGACAUCUUCUCUUCUGGAGCAGGCCAGAACUCUGUGAUGGCUGCGAUGCUGUCUGCUAGCAAUGGAGAGUUGGCAGGUGGACUGGCAGGGGCUUUUGGAGGAGAUGGCAGCGGGGGGUUGCUCGGUGCUGGUGGUGACAUGCCGUCUGCUUUGCAGAAUAUGCUCAUGGCCAGGCAGCAGCAGCAACAGCAGCAGUUCAAGCAGCAGCAGCAGCAACCACAGCUGCAGCAGCAACAGCAGCUCCUGCAGAGUGCAGGUCUUAACACUGACUCGCUGACUGCUGCUUUGCAAAGGGCGCAGCAAGGCGGCCAUGAUCUUGGAGCUUUCGGGACUGUGACGAGGGAUUUUUUAGGUCUUGCUCGCUCUGUGUCGGCGUCUAGAAAUGUGACGGAGCUGCAAGAUCUUGCAGCUUUUGGUGCGACAGCAAUGAAUGAAGGUGCCACUGGCUAG